AACGGAUAGACAGAUUUGUCUGCUCGUAAUUGUUUACAUCCACCGCUAUUUGACCAGUGACCAAGACGUCUAUAGUAGCGUCGAAAUAUCGGAAGUUUUUUAAUAAUAAGUAUUAUCGUAGUAAAUAUCUCGUUUAUACAAUAUAUACAAUUGCAAAACAACUGAGAACAAAGUUCAUAGAAUAUGAAUACUCUUAUUAAUAUCAGAAUAAUAUGUUAUCGUAGAUACAAAAACGAUUUUACAAGUGCACGGAACACGUCAGAAUGAAUAAAGUGUUGACAAACUCGAGUGACAGUUAGUGAGAGAUAAGUGUGUGAUGGUGGAAUUAGUAGUCGCAGCAUGACCACGUGGAUGGCGCUGUUCGGGCUAGUGUGGCUGCUGCGGGUGCGCGGCUCGCUUUGUGGGUGCGCGGCAUGUAAACGCGCGCGUCACGAGGUACACGACGCGCAAUGCGUAUCCAGCCCGCGCACGCCCAGUCCCGAGCGCGCACCUUUUGACGUCAUCGCGUUGGAGAACUACACGCGCGAUGUCACCGUGCAGACUGACUUUGACGAUGAUGAAGUUGAAGAUCUCGAUAAGAUCGAAUUGCAGAUCACCGAAGAAUCUAACGUCAGCAACUACGAGUGUGGGAGGGAACAAGCGACGUCAAGUCCAGGAAGUGACCGUCGACUCUCCGGAAGUUGCCAGAACCCUUCAGAUUCCGAUAACGAGUCUGUGUGGGAGACUACAGACGUGACAUUGGAGCGGGGCGCUGCAGGACUUGGACUUAGUAUAGCUGGUGGUGAGACUGGCGGUGACGUCAGCAUAACACGGCUAGCUACCGGGGGAGCGGCGAAGAAAGACGGCCGCCUGCAGAUAGGGGAUAUUUUGUUACAAGUAAACGAUAUUUCAUUGGAGGGUGCGCCUCAUUCCGUAGCAGUGGAUGCUCUACAGAAAGCCGGCAAUGUUGUUAGAUUACGUGUUCGUCGCGCGCGACGGCCCAGGGUGGUGACAUUGUGGCGAGGCGCUCGCGGACUCGGUUUGGGUAUAGCAGGGGGUGCAGAUGAUGCUGCUGGUGGAGGAGGAGUUUUUGUAUCUCACAUCGCUGUCGGUGGAGCCGCGCAUCAUGAUGGUAGAUUAAGACUAGGAGAUAAAAUAUUGGCAGUCAGAGAUGAAGACGGAAUAGAAACUUCAUUAGUGGGUGCAACUCAUGCUCAAGCUGUAGCAGCCUUAAGAAGCACAGGAGAAAAUGUUACGCUAGUUGUGUUGCCCGCAGGAUCAAUUUUGCCUGUAGCCCGAUCCGCUCCGCUUUAUUCCACAAGAACACAAGCCACUUCAUGUUCAACACUUCACGAAUUGUUAGAGGAGGAGCCGAGUGAAAUACCGAGGUGCGUUCGUAUGGUCCGCUUGGUCCGAUCAGGGUCCCGACUUGGCAUGGACAUUGUCGGGGGACUUGGCGGCGAGUCGGAGGGUAGUAGUGGGGGUGAAGAUGAUGCUUGUGGGGUAUUCGUAUCAGGAGUGUCAGUUGGGGGCGCUGCACAUGGAAUGCUGUACCGUGGGGACAGGAUUCUGAGUGUCGACGGUCGGGACUUAACGCGAGCGACGCAUGAACAGGCUGCUGCUGCUUUAAAGCAAUACUCGGGUAGUGCAGUGUCCAUAGCGGCGCAGUAUCAACCAGAGCAGUAUGAGAGACUGCGCGCACGUAUUCGCGCAAUCAAUGCUGCUGCAGCGAUGUCACCGCAUGUGCGACAUGCCACUCAUGUUGCGCAUGGAACCCAUGUCCCAGUGCAUCCAGACCUGCAUGCUAUGUACCCGAGGUAA